AUGAGAAAACUUGCCUCGUUUCUUGGUGGUGGUAAAUCUUCAUCAUCAAAUGGUUCUUCUUCAUCACCUUCAGCAUCGGGUACUAGUAAUGAAAGAGUUUCAUCCAACAAACAGCAAGGUUCCCUUUCUAUAGUAACAACAUCAUCAAUUGGUGUUGCCGUUGGUGAUUCUUCAUCAUCUCCAUCAUCAAAUAAUAAUAACAAUGGAAGUAAAACUCCAAGAAGUAAUUUCUCUAGAUCGACUAGUAAUACUAAAAUUAAUUCUUCAUCAUCCUCUUCAUUGGAAAGGAAUAAUAUUGAACAGGAAAUUCAAAAUAUAAUUUUUAAUACUUCACAAAUUAAUACACUCUCCAAAGUACCUAAUGUUCAACCGGAAUAUUAUUUGAAAAUUGUUGUUUUGGGAGGACCAUCUGUUGGAAAAUCGGCAAUAAUUAAUAGAUAUUUGAAAAAUAAGGAUCAUCCUGCUUUAUCAGUAACAAAGAGUGGAUUGUACAUACCAACAAUAGGAGUCGACAUGUAUAGUAAGCCUGUUAAGAAAUAUAGAGAUGCUUCGAUAACAAAAUGUAAAUCAAUUCAAUUUCCAGUGAGAUUGACGAUACUAGAUGUUCCACAUAGUGAAUUUAUGAAACAAUCAGUGUCAAAAUAUUUUGAAAAUGCACAUGGAAUAGUGUUAGCUUUUGAUGUGACUAAUAUCAAGUCAAUUAGUGCUAUUGAUCAGUGGCGAUCCAAAAUUCCAUCACAUCUCCUUACAAGUACAGUUUUACUUGCCCAUAAAGCCGAGUUAAAGCCACACAUUAUCACUCCAAACUCUCUAGAUAAUUAUGUUAGAGAUUCUGGAUUAUUGGCAUGGUUUUCAACAUCGAUUAGAAAUUUCCAAUCCAUCAAUGGAGCAUUCCAAUACCUUGUCGAUAGAAGUCUGUCAAAAUUAAUCAAAAAAUAUCAAGGACUGCCUACAUUGAAUCAUCAAAUGAAUGCUGUCUCAAUGGCUAGAAAAUCUUCAUCGAUUCCAUUGGCAGAAUCCAAGUCUGAUAACUUGGCCGAGUCUCUUCAAUAUUCCAAUUCUGUAGAAUCCAAUUCUGAUACAGGAUCUAUUUCUAAGGAUGAUUCCAAACAAAUAGUGGAAGGAUUUUCUACUCUCUACGACAUGUUGGAGGACAAGAAUCCAAAUUUAACAAUGGAAUUUAUAGAAAAAUUCAGAAGUGAAAUUACAUCUUUUUAUUUCCAAUUAUCAAGCAGAUUUAAAGAGUUCAAAGUGGUAUGUCAGAGUUGUGACACGAGCUCAAACGAUCAAAAGUUGAUGGAUCUACUGAUAAAUGAAUGUGAUGCUGAAAGAAUCAUUCUCCUUAACAAAUUAGCUCUCGUUGAAAAGGAACUUGUAAAGUGUAAUAGUAUCUAUACGGAAAAUAAUACUCCCAUGAAAAAUCUCACCAAACUGUACAUUGAACUCAAGAGAGAAUUUUAUAUUGUAAAGAUUGAAAAAUGGAUAAGUUUUUGGUAUUCCUUAAAAUCAAGAUUUUGCCUGAGUCAAAUUUUCUACAAGGACACCAAACAAGAUUGUCAACAAUUACCAGAGAUUUCGGAAUCACUCUACAGCCAACCUAUCAAUCAAAAUAUUGUAGCCAAACUGGAAAGCAGAAGGGCAAAAAUUGAAAAACUCAAACAACAUUCCAAAAUACAAUCUAAAGAAAUAUCUCAGAAAGAGGAUGAAAAUCUUGUAGAGAGUGAUAGUACAUUCUCUGUUAUCAAUCAAAUUUUCAAAGCAGAAAUGUAUGUGGACAUAUUCCCUCAAUUAACAGAACUCAAUAAAUUAAAUAAAUAG